AUGAUAGUGUCUUUAGCAAUAACUCAAAAAAAAAGAAAAAUUGCUAUUUUAGUAAUAGUAGAGGAAAAAGAAGAAAAAAAAGAUAGUGAUGGCAGAGGUGGAGAUGGCAGAGAUAAGGAUAACGAAGGUGAGGAUGACGGAGGUGGAGACGGUGGAGAUAAGGAUGAUGAUGAAGAUGAUGAUAGAAAUGAUGAUGGUGAUGAUUGUGAAGGUGAUGAUAGUAAAGGUGGUGAUAAUGGUGGUAAUGAUAAUGGAGAUGAUGAUGGUGGAGGUGAUGGUGGAGAUGAUGAUGAUGACGGUGUUAAUGGUGAUGACAAAGAAGAUGUUAAUAAUGUUGGUGAUGGUGGUGAGGAUCUUUUUUUUGUUGGUGAUGAUAAGGAUGAGGACAGUGAUAGUUUUCUUUUUCUAUUAUUAUUCGCGGAAUUCGCGCGAAUUUCUAACACAAUAUCAGAGAAACCAAUUUAG